AGGCGGCAGUGCCGGCCGGAAUCUCAGCGAGCCAGGGAGCCCGGCUCGACAGCCACAAGCCGCGGAGCCCGUGCCCUCGAGCCCAGCCCGCCUGCCAGCCUCCGUCUCGCCCGGGCCCGAGGUGCCUUGUGGACCUCCUCCCUGUGCCCCGCCCGUCACCCUCGCCUCUGGGGUUCUGGCAGCCAUGGUGGCGGGUAUGCUCAUGCCGCUGGACCAGCUGCGGGCCAUUUACGAGGUGCUCUUCCGUGAAGGCGUGAUGGUGGCCAAGAAGGAUCGGAGGCCCCGCAGCCUGCACCCUCACGUCCCCGGCGUCACCAAUCUGCAGGUCAUGUGCGCCAUGGCCUCGCUGCGGGCCCGGGGCCUGGUGCGGGAGACCUUUGCCUGGCGCCACUUUUACUGGUACCUCACCAAUGAGGGCAUCGCCCACCUGCGCCAGUACCUGCACCUGCCGCCGGAGAUCGUGCCCGCCUCUCUGCAGCGCGUGCGCCGCCCUGUCGCCAUGGUGAUGCCUGCGCGACGCGCCCCCCAUGUGCAGUCUGUGCAGGGGCCCCUGGGCUGCCCGCCAAAGUGGGGGCCGCUGCCCGCUGAAGACCCUGCCCGGGAGGAGCGGCGGGUCUACCGUCGGAAGGAGCCUGAGGAGGGGGCACCCGAGCCCCCCGUGGUGCCCGCCACCGCCCCGGGGAACCUGGUGAGGCCUGGCCCGGAGCCUGCCCCAGCCACAGAUGAACGGGACCGGGUGCAGAAGAAAACCUUCACCAAGUGGGUCAACAAGUACCUCAUCAAGGCCCAGAGACACAUCAGUGACCUGUACGAAGACCUCCGUGAUGGCCACAACCUCAUCUCCCUGCUGGAGGUCCUCUCGGGGGACAGCCUGCCCCGGGAGAAGGGGAGGAUGCGUUUCCACAAGCUGCAGAACGUUCAGAUCGCCCUGGACUACCUCCGACACCGCCAGGUGAAGUUGGUGAACAUCAGGAACGAUGACAUCGCCGACGGCAACCCCAAGCUGACCCUCGGCCUGAUCUGGACCAUCAUCCUGCACUUCCAGAUCUCGGACAUCCAGGUGAGCGGGCAGUCGGAGGACAUGACGGCCAAAGAGAAGCUGCUGCUGUGGUCGCAGCGCAUGGUGGAGGGCUACCAGGGCCUGCACUGUGACAACUUCACUUCCAGCUGGCGUGACGGCCGCCUCUUCAAUGCCAUCAUUCAUCGGCACAAGCCCAUGCUCAUCGACAUGAACAAGGUGUAUCGUCAGACCAAUCUUGAGAAUCUGGACCAGGCCUUCUCCGUGGCGGAGCGGGACUUGGGAGUGACCCGUCUCCUGGACCCUGAGGACGUGGACGUCCCUCAGCCCGACGAGAAGUCCAUCAUCACUUAUGUGUCUUCCCUGUACGAUGCCAUGCCCCGGGUGCCCGAUGUGCAGGACGGGGUGAAGGCCAACGAGCUGCAGCUGCGCUGGCAGGAGUACCAGGAGCUCGUGCUGCUGCUGCUGCAGUGGGUUCGACACCACACCGCUGCCUUCGAGGAGCGCAGGUUCCCGUCCAGCUUUGAGGAGAUCGAGAUUUUGUGGUGCCAGUUCUUGAAGUUUAAGGAGACGGAGCUUCCGGCCAAGGAGGCCGACAAGAACCGGUCCAAGGGCAUCUACCAGUUCCUGGAGGGUGCGGUGCAAGCCGGACAGCUUAAGGUGCCCCCUGGGUACCACCCGCUGGAUGUGGAGAAGGAAUGGGGCAAGCUGCACGUGGCCAUCCUGGAGCGAGAGAAGCAGCUCCGGGCAGAGUAUGAGAGGCUGGAGUGUCUUCAGCGCAUCGUGAGCAAACUGCAGAUGGAGGCCGUGCUGUGCGAGGAGCAGCUGAAGCAGGCCGACAUCCUGCUUCAGUCGGAUGUCCGCCUGCUGGCCGCAAACAAGGCCCCGCAGCGGGCCGCCGAGGUAGAACGAGACCUGGACAAGGCCGACGGCAUGAUCCGGCUGCUGUUCAACGACGUGCAGACCCUCAAGGACGGGCGUCACCCGCAGGGGGAGCAGAUGUACCGCAGGGUGUACCGCCUGCACGAGCGCCUGGUGGCCAUCCGUACCGAGUACAACCUCCGGCUGAAGGCAGGCGUAGCUGCCCCCGUGACCCAGGUGACGGUGCAGAGCACGCAGAGGCGGCCCGAGCUCGAGGACGCCUCCCUGCGCUACCUACAGGACCUGCUGGCCUGGGUGGAGGAGAACCAGCGUCGGGUGGACGGUGCCGAGUGGGGUGGGGACCUGCCCAGUGUGGAGGCGCAGCUGGGCAGCCACCGUGGCCUGCACCAGUCCAUCGAGGAGUUCCGGGCCAAGAUUGAGCGGGCGCGAGCUGACGAGGGGCAGCUUUCCCCAGGCCCCCGGAGCGCCUACCGGGACUGCCUGGGCCGGCUAGACCUGCAGUACGCCAAGCUGCUGAACUCCUCCAAGGCCCGGCUCCGUGCCCUGGAGGGCCUGCACGGCUUCGUGGCGGCUGCCACCAAAGAGCUGAUGUGGCUCAGUGAGAAGGAAGAGGAAGAGGUGGGCUUCGACUGGGGGGAGCACAACUCCAACAUGGCUGCCAAGAAGGAGAGCUACUCGGCCCUGAUGCGUGAGCUGGAGCUGAAGGAAAAGAAAGUCAAGGAGAUUCAGAGCACCGGGGACCGGCUGCUGCGGGAGGGGCACCCUGCUCGGCCUACAGUGGAGUCCUUCCAGGCCGCCCUGCAGACCCAGUGGAGCUGGAUGCUACAGCUGUGCUGUUGUAUCGAGGCACACCUGAAGGAGAACACGGCCUAUUUCCAGUUCUUCUCGGACGUGCGGGACACCGAGGAGCAGCUACGGAAGCUACAGGACACGCUGCGCAGGAAGUACGCCUGUGACCGCUCCAUCACCGUCACGCGUCUGGAGGACCUACUGCAGGAUGCCCAGGAUGAGAAGGACCAGCUUGGCGAGUACAGGGCACACCUCUCAGGCCUGGCCAAGCGGGCCAAGGCCAUCGUGCAGUUGAAGCCCCGAAGCCAAGCCCACCCCGUGCGGGGUCGUGUGCCCCUUCUGGCCGUGUGUGACUAUAAGCAGGUGGAGGUGACUGUGCACAAGGGUGAUGAGUGCCAGCUGGUGGGUCCCGCUCAGCCGUCCCACUGGAAGGUGCUCAGCAGCUCCGGCAGUGAGGCCGCCGUGCCCUCCGUGUGCUUCCUCGUGCCCCCGCCCAACCAGGAGGCCCAGGAAGCCGUCACCAGGCUGGACGCCCAGCUCCAGGCUCUAGUGACACUGUGGCACCAGCUGCACGUGGACUUGAAGAGCCUGCUGGCGUGGCAGAACCUCAGCCGUGACGUGCAGCUCAUCCGCUCCUGGUCCCUGGUCACGUUCCGAACUCUGAAGCCGGAGGAGCAGCGGCAGGCCCUGCGCAGCCUGGAGCUUCACUACCAGGCCUUCCUGCGGGACAGUCAGGACGCCGGCGGCUUCGGGCCUGAGGACCGGCUGCAGGCCGAGCGCGAGUACGGCUCCUGCAGCCGCCAUUACCAGCAGCUCCUGCAGAGCGCGGAGCAGGGCGAGCAGGAGGAGUCCCGCUGCCAGCGCUGCAUCUCGGAGCUCAAGGACAUCCGGCUGCAGCUCGAGGCCUGUGAGACGCGCACCGUGCACCGCCUGCGGCUGCCGCUGGACAAAGAACCGGCCCGGGAGUGUGCCCAGCGCAUCGCCGAGCAGCAGAAAGCCCAGGCUGAGGUGGAGGGGCUGGGCAAGGGGGUCGCCCGACUCUCUGCCGAGGCCGAGAAGGUUCUGGCCCUGCCCGAGCCGUCACCCGCUGCCCCCACUUUGCGCUCAGAGCUGGAACUGACCCUGGGCAAGCUGGAGCAGGUCCGCAGCCUGUCCGCCAUUUACCUAGAGAAGCUCAAGACCAUCAGCCUGGUGAUCCGCAGCACGCAGGGGGCCGAGGAGGUGCUCAGGGCACACGAGGAGCAGCUCAAGGAGGCCCAGGCCGUGCCCGCCACCCUCCCAGAGCUUGAGGCCACCAAGGCCGCGCUGAAGAAGCUGCGGGCCCAGGCCGAAGCGCAGCAGCCGGCGUUCGAUGCCCUGCGGGACGAGCUGCGGGGGGCGCAGGAGGUGGGCGAGCGGCUGCAGCGGCAGCACGGCGAGCGGGACGUGGAGGUGGAGCGCUGGCGCGAGCGCGCGGCCCCGCUGCUGGAGCGCUGGCAGGCCGUGCUGGCCCAGACGGACGUGAGGCAGCGUGAGCUCGAACAGCUGGGCCGCCAGCUCCGGUACUACCGGGAGAGCGCAGAGCCGCUGGGCGCCUGGCUGCAGGACGCCAAGCAGCGGCAGGAGAAGAUCCAGGCCGUGCCGCUGGCCCACAGCCAGGCCGUGCGGGAGCAGCUGCGGCAGGAGAAGGCGCUGCUGGAGGAAAUCGAGCAGCACGGGGAGAAGGUGGAGGAGUGCCAGGAGCUUGCGAAGCAGUAUAUCAACGCCAUUAAGGACUAUGAGCUCCAGCUGGUCACGUACAAGGCGCAGCUUGAGCCAGUGGCCUCCCCAGCCAAGAAGCCCAAGGUCCAGUCUGGGUCUGAGAGCGUCAUCCAGGAGUACGUAGACCUGCGGACAAGGUACAGCGAGCUGACCACGCUCACGAGCCAGUACAUCAAGUUCAUCAGUGAGACCCUGCGGCGCAUGGAGGAGGAGGAGAGGCUGGCUGAGCAGCAGCGGGCAGAGGAGCGGGAGCGGCUAGCCGAGGUGGAGGCCGCGCUGGAGAAGCAACGGCAGCUGGCCGAGGCGCACGCCCAGGCGAAGGCGCAGGCAGAGCAGGAGGCUCAGGAGCUGCAGCGGCGCAUGCAGGAGGAGGUGGCGCGGCGGGAAGAGGCGGCGGUGGACGCGCAGCAGCAGAAGCGAAGCAUCCAGGAAGAGCUGCAGCACUUGCGGCAGAGCUCGGAAGCGGAGAUCCAGGCUAAGGCCCGGCAGGCGGAAGCCGCGGAACGCAGCCGGCUGCGCAUCGAGGAGGAGAUUCGCGUGGUGCGCCUGCAGCUGGAGGCGACCGAGCGCCAGCGGGGUGGGGCCGAGGGCGAGCUGCAGGCGCUGCGCGCACGCGCGGAGGAGGCCGAGGCGCAGAAGCGACAGGCGCAGGAGGAGGCGGAGCGCUUGCGGCGGCAGGUGCAGGACGAGAGCCAGCGCAAGCGGCAGGCGGAGGCGGAGCUGGCCCUGCGCGUGAAGGCGGAGGCCGAGGCGGCUCGAGAAAAGCAGCGGGCCCUGCAGGCGCUCGAGGAAGUGCGGCUCCAGGCCGAGGAGGCGGAGCGGCGCCUGCGGCAGGCCGAGGCCGAGCGGGCCCGCCAGGUGCAGGUGGCCCUGGAGACGGCGCAGCGCAGCGCGGAGGCGGAGCUGCAGAGCAAGCGCGCCUCCUUCGCGGAGAAGACGGCGCAGCUGGAGCGCACGCUGCAGGAAGAGCACGUGGCCGUCGCGCAGCUGCGGGAGGAGGCGGAGCGGCGGGCGCAGCAGCAGGCAGAGGCCGAGCGGGCCCGCGAGGAGGCGGAGCAGGAGCUGGAGCGCUGGCGGCUGAAAGCCAAUGAGGCGCUGCGGCUGCGGCUGCAGGCGGAGGAGGUGGCCCAGCAGAAGAGCCUGGCGCAGGCGGAGGCGGAGAAGCAGAAGGAGGAGGCCGAGCGCGAGGCUCGGCGCCGCGGCAAGGCAGAAGAGCAGGCCGUGCGGCAGCGGGAGCUGGCCGAGCAGGAACUGGAGAAGCAGCGGCAGCUGGCGGAGGGCACUGCCCAGCAGCGCCUGGUGGCGGAACAGGAGCUGAUCCGGCUGCGGGCUGAGACGGAGCAGGGGGAGCAGCAGCGGCAGCUGCUGGAAGAGGAGCUGGCCCGGUUGCAGCGGGAAGCGGGGGCGGCCACCCAGAAGCGCCAGGAGCUGGAGGCGGAGCUGGCCAAGGUGCGGGCCGAGAUGGAGGUGCUGCUGGCCAGCAAGGCGCGGGCCGAGGAGGAGUCCCGUUCCACCAGCGAGAAGUCCAAGCAGAGGCUGGAGGCCGAGGCCAGCCGCUUCCGGGAGCUGGCGGAGGAGGCCGCCCGCCUGCGUGCCCUGGCCGAGGAGGCCAAGCGGCAACGGCAGCUGGCAGAGGAGGAUGCGGCGCAGCAGCGAGCGGAGGCGGAGAGGGUGCUCGCCGAGAAGCUGGCCGCCAUCGGCGAGGCCACGCGGCUUAAGACCGAGGCGGAGAUUGCGCUCAAGGAGAAGGAGGCGGAGAACGAGCGCCUGCGGCGGCUGGCAGAGGACGAAGCCUUCCAGCGGCGGCGGCUGGAGGAGCAGGCCGCCCAGCACAAGGCGGAUAUCGAAGAGCGGCUGGCGCAGCUGCGCAAGGCGUCGGAGAGCGAGCUGGAGCGGCAGAAGGGGCUGGUGGAGGACACACUGCGGCAGCGGCGGCAGGUGGAGGAGGAGAUCCUGGCGCUCAAGGCGAGCUUUGAAAAGGCGGCCGCCGGCAAGGCGGAGCUGGAGCUGGAGCUGGGGCGCAUCCGCAGCAGUGCCGAGGACACGCUGCGCAGCAAGGAGCAGGCGGAGCAGGAGGCCACGCGGCAGCGGCAGCUGGCGGCCGAGGAGGAACAGCGGCGCCGCGAGGCGGAAGAGCGUGUGCAGAAGAGCCUCGCGGCGGAGGAGGAGGCCGCGCGGCAGCGCAAGUCCGCCCUGGAGGAGGUGGAGCGGCUCAAGGCCAAAGUGGAGGAGGCGCGGCGCCUGCGCGAGCGCGCGGAGCAGGAGUCGGCUCGGCAGCUGCAGCUGGCGCAGGAGGCCGCGCAGAAGCGGCUGCAGGCGGAGGAGAAGGCGCACGCUUUUGCGGUGCAGCAGAAGGAGCAGGAGCUGCAGCAGACGCUCCAGCAAGAGCAGAGUGUGCUGGAGCGGCUGCGGGGCGAGGCGGAGGCGGCGCGGCGGGCGGCCGAGGACGCGGAGGAGGCGCGGGAGCGGGCCGAGCGGGAGGCGGCGCAGUCCCGGCGGCAGGUGGAGGAGGCCGAGCGGCUGAAGCAGUUGGCCGAGGAGCAGGCGCAGGCGCGCGCGCAGGCGCAGGCCGCCGCGGAGAAGCUGCGCAAGGAGGCGGAGCAGGAGGCGGCACGGCGGGCGCAGGCGGAGCAGGCCGCCCUGCGGCAGAAGCAGGUGGCCGACGCCGAGAUGGAGAAGCACAAAAAGUUCGCCGAGCAGACUCUGCGGCAGAAGGCGCAGGUGGAGCAGGAGCUGACCGCGCUGCGGCUGCAGCUGGAGGAGACGGACCACCAGAAAAGCAUCCUGGACGAGGAGCUGCAGCGGCUGAAGGCGGAGGUGACGGAGGCCGCCCGCCAGCGCAGCCAGGUGGAGGAGGAGCUCUUCUCCGUGCGCGUGCAGAUGGAGGAGCUCGGCAAGCUGAAGGCGCGCAUCGAGGCGGAGAACCGCGCGCUCAUCCUGCGUGACAAGGACAACACGCAGCGCUUCCUGCAGGAGGAGGCUGAGAAAAUGAAGCAGGUGGCGGAGGAGGCCGCCCGGCUGAGCGUGGCGGCCCAGGAGGCGGCCCGGCUGCGGCAGCUGGCGGAGGAGGACCUGGCGCAGCAGCGCGCCCUGGCCGAGAAGAUGCUCAAGGAGAAGAUGCAGGCGGUGCAGGAGGCCACCCGCCUCAAGGCCGAGGCCGAGCUGCUGCAGCGGCAGAAGGAGCUGGCGCAGGAGCAGGCCCGGCAGCUGCAGGAGGACAAGGAGCAGAUGGCCCAGCAGCUGGCCGAGGAGACGCAGGGCUUCCAGCGGACCCUGGAGGCGGAACGGCAGCGGCAGCUGGAGAUGAGCGCCGAGGCCGAGCGCCUCAAGCUGCGCGUGGCCGAGAUGAGCCGGGCCCAGGCCCGUGCCGAGGAGGACGCCCAGCGCUUCCGCAGGCAGGCCGAGGACAUCGGGGAGAAGCUACACCGCACCGAGCUCGCCACACAGGAGAAGGUGACGCUGGUGCAGACGCUGGAGAUCCAGCGGCAGCAGAGUGACCGCGACGCCGAGCGCCUGCGGGCCGCCAUCGCAGAGCUGGAGCGCGAGAAGGAGAAGCUCAAGGAGGAGGCCAGGCUGCUACAGCUGAAGUCCGAGGAGAUGCAGGCGGUGCAGCAGGAGCAGCUGGUGCAGGAGACGCGGGCCCUCCAGCAGACCUUCCUGUCGGAGAAGGACAGCCUGCUGCAGCGGGAGCACUUCAUCGAGCAGGAGAAGGCCAAGCUGGAGCAGCUCUUCCAGGACGAGGUGGCCAAGGCACAGAAGCUACGGGAGGAGCAGCAGCGGCAGCAGCGGCAGAUGGAGGAGGAGAGGCAGCGGCUGGUGGCCAGCAUGGAGGAGGCCCGGCAGCGCCAGCAUGAGGCCGAGGAGGGCGUGCGGCGCAAGCAGGAGGAGCUGCAGCUGCUGGAACAGCAGCGGCAGCAGCAGGAGAAGCUGCUGGAGGAGGAGAAUCAGCGGCUGCGCGAGCGGCUGCAGCGCCUGGAGGAGGAGCACCGGGCCGCGCUGGCGCACUCGGAGGAGGUUGCCGCCUCGCAGGCCGCGGCUGCCAAAGCCCUGCCAAACGGCCGGGUCGCCCCCGACGGCCCGGCGCCCGAGGUGGAGCCCGACCACGCCUUCGACGGCCUUCGGCGGAAGGUGCCGGCCCAGUGGCUGCAGGAGGUCGGCGUCCUGAGCGCCGAGGAGCUGCAGCGGCUGGUCCAGGGCCGCAUAACCGUGGCCGAGCUCGCUCAGCGGGAUGACGUGCGCGGCUACCUGCACGGCCGCAGUGGCGUUGCCGGGCUGCUGCUGACGCCCAGCAACGAGAAGCUGAGUGUGUACGCGGCCCUACGGAGGCAGCUGCUGAGCCCGGGCACGGCUCUCAUCCUGCUGGAGGCCCAGGCUGCCUCGGGCUUCCUCCUGGACCCUGUGCGGAACCGACGGCUGACCGUCAACGAGGCCGUGAAGGAGGGCGUCGUGGGCCCAGAGCUGCACCACAAGCUGCUGUCGGCUGAGCGCGCCGUCACCGGCUACAAGGAUCCCUACACCGGGGAGCAGAUCUCCCUCUUCCAGGCCAUGAAGAAGGACCUCAUCGUGCGGGAGCACGGCAUCCGCCUGCUGGAGGCUCAGAUCGCCACGGGCGGCAUCAUCGACCCGGUGCACAGCCACCGCCUCCCCGUAGACGUGGCCUACCGGCGCGGCUACUUCGACGAGGAGAUGAACCGCGUCCUGGCGGACCCGAGCGACGACACCAAGGGCUUCUUCGACCCCAACACGCACGAGAACCUCACCUACCUGCAGCUGCUGGAGCGCUGCGUGGAGGACCCCGAGACGGGCCUGCGCCUGCUGCCCCUCACGGAUCAGGCUGCCAAGGGUAGGGAGCUGGUCUACACUGACUCGGAGGCCCGGGACGUGUUCGAGAAAGCCACCGUGUCCGCACCAUUUGGUAAGUUCCGGGGCAAGACGGUGACCAUCUGGGAGCUCAUCAACUCAGAGUACUUCACGGCAGAGCAGCGGCGGGACCUGGUGCGGCAGUUCCGCACGGGCAAGGUCACCGUGGAGAAGAUCAUCAAGAUCGUCAUCACGGUGGUCGAGGAGCACGAGCAGAAAGGGCAGCUUUGCUUCGAGGGCCUGCGCGCCCUGGUCCCUGCCGCCGAGCUGUUCGAGAGCGGGGUCAUCGACCGCGAUCUCUACCGCCAGCUGCAGCAGGGCGAGCGUUCGGUGCGAGAGGUGGCCGAGGUGGAUGCCGUGCGGCGGGCCCUGCGGGGCAGCAACGUCAUUGCUGGUGUGUGGCUGGAGGAGGCGGGACAGAGGCUGAGCAUCUACGAGGCCCUGAAGAAGGACCUACUGCAGCCAGAGGCGGCGGUGGCCCUCCUGGAGGCCCAGGCCGGUACCGGGCACAUCAUCGACCCCGCCACGAGCGCCCGGCUCACCGUGGACGAGGCGGUGCGGGCCGGCCUAGUGGGGCCUGAGCUGCACGAGAAGCUGCUGUCGGCUGAGAAGGCCGUGACCGGCUACAAGGACCCCUACUCAGGGCAGAGCGUCUCCCUGUUCCAGGCCCUGAAGAAGGGCCUCAUCCCCAGGGAGCAGGGCUGGCGCCUGCUGGAUGCCCAGUUGUCCACAGGUGGCAUCGUGGACCCGAGCAAGAGCCACCGUGUGCCCGUAGACGUUGCCUGUGCCCGGGGCUACCUGGACGAGGAGACCAGCCGAGCCCUGUCGGCGCCCAAGGAUGAAGCCAAGACCUACUGCGACCCCGGCACACAGGAGCCGGUCACUUACGGCCAGCUGCAGCGACAGUGCCGGCCCGACCCGCUGACAGGGCUGAGCCUGCUGCCGCUCUCAGAGAAGGAGGCCCGGGCCCGGCGGGAGGGACUCUGCUCCGAGCUGCAGGCUCGCGAGACCUUUCAGAAGACUGCCGUUGAGGUCCCCGUGGGCAGCUUUAAGGGCAAGACGGUGACUGUGUGGGAGCUCCUCAGUUCUGAGUACUUCACGGCGGAGCAGAGACAGGAGCUGGUGCGGCAGUUCCGCACGGGCACCGUCACCGUGGAGAAGAUCAUCAAGAUCGUCAUCACCAUCGUGGAGGAGGUGGAGACCGUGCGCCAGGAAAGGCUGUCUUUCAGCGGCCUCCGCGCCCCGGUGCCGGCCAGUGAGCUCGUGGCUGCCGGCGUCCUCAGCAGGGCCCAGUUUGAGCAGCUCAAGGACGGCAAAACGUCUGUGAAGGACCUGUCAGAGGUGGACUCUGUGCGGACGCUUCUCCGGGGUAGCGGCUGCCUGGCCGGCAUCUACCUGGAGGACUCCAAGGAGAAGGUGACCAUCUAUGAGGCCAUGCGGCGGGGCCUGCUCAGGCCCAGCACGGCCACUCUGCUGCUCGAGGCCCAAGCGGCCACCGGCUUUCUGGUGGACCCUGUGAGGAAUCAGCGCUUGUACGUCCACGAGGCCGUGAAGGCGGGCGUCGUGGGCCCCGAGCUGCACGAGAAGCUGCUGUCUGCCGAGAAGGCCGUCACCGGCUACACGGACCCCUACUCCGGCGACACCAUCUCCCUCUUCCAGGCCAUGAAGAAGGGCCUGGUCCUUAGGGAGCACGGCAUCCGCCUGCUGGAGGCCCAGAUCGCCACGGGCGGCAUCAUCGACCCGGUGCACAGCCACCGCCUGCCCGUGGACGUGGCCUACCAGCGCGGCUACUUCGACGAGGAGAUGAACCGCGUCCUGGCGGACCCGAGCGACGACACCAAGGGCUUCUUCGACCCCAACACGCAUGAGAACCUCACCUACCUGCAGCUGCUGGAGCGCUGCGUGGAGGACCCCGAGACGGGCCUGCGCCUGCUGCCCUUGAAAGGAGCCGAGAAGACGGAGGUGGUGGAGAGCACGCAGGUGUACACGGAGGAGGAGACCCGCAGGGCGUUCGAGGAGACGCAGAUCGACAUCCCUGGCGGCAGCGACCGCGGCGGCUCCACCAUGUCCCUGUGGGAGGUGAUGCAGUCGGACCUGAUCCCAGAAGAGCAGCGAGCCCGGCUCAUGGCGGACUUCCGGGCCGGCCGGGUGACCAAGGAACGUAUGAUCAUCAUCAUCAUCGAGAUCAUCGAGAAGACCGAGAUCGUGCGCCAGCAGAACCUGGCUUCCUACGACUACAUCCGCCGCCGCCUCACGGCCGAGGACCUCUACGAAGCCCGGAUCAUCUCCCGCGAGACCUACGGCCUCCUCCGGGAGGGCGCCAAGAGCCUCCGAGAGGUGCUGGAGGCGGAGGCGGUCUCACGCUACCUGUACGGCACGGGCUGCGUGGCUGGCGUCUACCUGCCGGGCUCCCGGCAGACGCUCACCAUCUACCAGGCGCUGAAGAAGGGGCUGCUGAGUGCCGAGGUGGCCCGGUUUCUGCUGGAGGCACAGGCGGCCACGGGCUUCCUCCUGGAUCCCGUGAAGGGCGAGCGGCUGACCGUGGACGAAGCCGUGCGGAAGGGCCUGGUAGGCCCCGAACUGCACGACCGGCUGCUCUCGGCCGAGCGGGCCGUGACCGGCUACCGGGACCCCUACACGGAGCAGACGAUCUCGCUCUUCCAGGCCAUGAAGAAGGACCUGAUCCCUGCCGAGGAGGCCCUGCGGCUGCUGGACGCCCAGCUGGCCACGGGCGGCAUCGUGGACCCGCGCCUGGGCUUCCACCUCCCCCUGGAGGUGGCCUACCAGCGCGGCUACCUCAACAAGGACACGCACGACCAGCUGUCGGAGCCCAGCGAGGUGCGCAGCUACCCGGAUCCCUCCACGGACGAGCGCCUCAGCUACACGCAGCUGCUCAGGAGGUGCCGUCGCCACGAGACCAGCGGCCAGCUGCUCCUGCCGCUUUCGGACGCCCGCAAGCUGACCUUCCGCGGCCUGCGCAAGCAGAUCACGGUGGAGGAGCUGGUGCGCUCGCAGGUCAUGGACGAGGCCACGGCGCUGCAGCUGCGGGAGGGCCUGACCUCCGUGGAGGAGGUCUCCAAGAACCUGCAGAAGUUCCUCGAGGGCACCAGCUGCAUCGCCGGUGUCUUCGUCGAUGCCACCAAGGAGCGGCUGUCUGUGUAUCAGGCCAUGAAGAAGGGCAUCAUCCGCCCCGGCACGGCCUUCGAGCUCCUGGAGGCGCAGGCGGCCACCGGCUACGUCAUCGACCCCAUCAAGGGGCUCAAGCUGACUGUGGAGGAGGCCGUGCGCAUGGGCAUCGUGGGCCCCGAGUUCAAGGACAAGCUGCUGUCGGCCGAGCGCGCCGUCACCGGCUACAAGGACCCGUACUCGGGGAAGCUCAUCUCUCUCUUCCAGGCCAUGAAGAAGGGCCUCAUCCUGAAGGACCACGGCAUCCGCCUGCUGGAGGCCCAGAUCGCCACGGGUGGCAUCAUCGACCCCGAGGAGAGCCACCGGCUGCCCGUGGACGUGGCCUACAAGCGCGGCCUCUUUGACGAGGAGAUGAACGAGAUCCUGACCGACCCCUCGGACGACACCAAGGGCUUCUUCGACCCCAACACGGAGGAGAACCUCACGUACCUGCAGCUCAUGGAGCGCUGCGUCACGGACCCCCAGACGGGCCUGCGCCUGCUGCCCCUGAAGGAGAAGAAACGGGAGCGGAAGACGUCCUCCAAGUCCUCGGUGCGCAAGCGGCGUGUCGUGAUCGUGGACCCCGAGACGGGCAAGGAGAUGUCCGUGUACGAGGCCUACCGCAAGGGCCUCAUCGACCACCAGACGUACCUGGAGCUGUCCGAGCAGGAGUGCGAGUGGGAGGAGAUCACCAUCUCCUCCUCCGACGGCGUGGUCAAGUCCAUGAUCAUCGACCGCCGCUCGGGCCGCCAGUACGACAUCGACGAGGCCAUCUCCAGGAGCCUCAUCGACCGCUCGGCGCUGGACCAGUACCGCGCCGGCACGCUCUCCAUCACCGAGUUCGCCGACAUGCUCUCGGGCAACGCUGGUGGCUUCCGCUCCCGCUCUUCUUCCGUGGGCUCCUCCUCCUCCUACCCCAUCAGCCCCGCCGCCUCCAGGACCCAGGCGGCCUCCUGGUCAGACCCCACCGAGGAGACAGGCCCCGUGGCCGGCAUCCUGGACACGGAGACGCUGGAGAAGGUGUCCAUCACGGAGGCCAUGCACCGCAACCUGGUGGACAACAUCACCGGGCAGCGGCUGCUGGAGGCCCAGGCCUGCACGGGGGGCAUCAUCGACCCCAGCACCGGGGAGCGCUUCCCCGUCACCGACGCCGUCAACAAGGGCCUGGUGGAUAAGAUCAUGGUGGACCGCAUCAACCUGGCCCAGAAAGCCUUCUGUGGCUUCGAGGACCCGCGCACCAAGACCAAGAUGUCGGCCGCUCAGGCCCUGAAGAAGGGCUGGCUCUACUACGAGGCAGGCCAGCGCUUCCUGGAGGUGCAGUACCUGACGGGGGGCCUGAUCGAGCCCGACGCGCCGGGCCGUGUGCCCCUCGACGAGGCCCUGCAGCGUGGCAUGGUGGACGCCCGAACCGCCCAGAAGCUGCGAGACGUCGGCGCGUAUUCCAAGUACCUCACCUGCCCCAAGACCAAGCUCAAGAUCUCGUACAAGGACGCGUUGGACCGCAGCAUGGUGGAGGAGGGCACGGGGCUCCGGCUGCUGGAGGCCGCCGCCCAGUCCAGCAAGGGCUACUACAGCCCCUACAGCGUCAGCGGCUCCGGCUCCGCGGCCGGCUCGCGCUCCGGCUCGCGCACCGGUUCCCGGGCUGGCUCCCGCCGCGGCAGCUUUGACGCCACGGGUUCCGGCUUCUCCAUGACCUUCUCCUCCUCCUCCUACUCUUCCUCGGGCUACGGCCGCCGCUACGCCUCAGGGCCCGCGUCCUCCCUGGGGGGCCCCGAGUCCGCGGCGGCCUGACCCGCUGCCUGCACCCCUGCCCUCCCGCUCUGCAUGUGGCCAGGUUCCCCGCCCAGGCGUUGGGGUCUUUAACGUUUCAAAGGUGUCUUCCUCCCAAGCGGUGCCUAAAGUCUAACCAAAAAGAGCAGACUAAUAUAUUAAUGAUCUAUCUGCUGUCCAGACAGCCUGCGUCCCAGGGAGGCGGUCAGGGAGGGAGCUGGUGCAGACCCGCUGACCAGCUCAUCCCCCAGGCCUCCCUGCUCCUGUCUACCUGCCACUCACCACAGCCAGGUGCCUUGGAGGGUCCCGGGCCCGGCCCCAAGCCCGGCCCUCCUAGCCCUCCCGUCUCUCUAGAGGGUAUCGUCUGGGCAAGGUUCCCCGCCCCCCCCCCCACCCGCCACCCCGCCCCAGGCCUGCUCGCUGGGCUCACUGACACCCAACCACUGAUCCUAGCCGCCCGGGGGAGCGGGGUCGGCCCCGUCGCUAGCAGGGCCCUCAGAACCAGCUUCUCUUCCUGUUUCCAGGACUGAUUUCCUUGCUCGGUGGGCCUUGCUGGGGAGGGAGGGGGUCCGGGGUUAGUCAUCUCUUUUCCAGCCUGCCCGUGGGAAGAUGAGGGUCCAGUCUACAGAACCAGCUGGCCCGGGCCAAGCCUCUCCCGUGCCCGGCCCGCGCCUGGCCCCUGCCCAGCUGCAGGCGCCGUCCCCAGCCCCUAGCCCCUGACACUGUCCCGAGACCCCAGGCGUCCGGCUUCAGCCUUCCAGCCUCAGUCCCUUAGUAAGUGCCUUCAGUGUCCUCCCUCCACCCCAGGCCCCGAGGACCCAGACCUGGGGUGGGAGACAGACCCUCCCGGUGACAGACUCCCCACCGGCCCAGCUCCCGGGCGUGCCAGCCCCGGGGCCAGGCUGGGUAUGGCCGGGGCUUCUGCAGGACUCUGCUCCCCCGUGGGUCCCCCCUGGGUGCUUCCUGCCUGUCUGUCCGCGACAGCCUCACCUCCUUGUCAGGCCCGGGCACAGGCAGCCCAGCCCAGUUCCCUCCCCUCUUGUUCCAUCCAGCCCCUGGAUGGGCUUCCAGGGGUGGCUUCCACCCCUGCCUCCACUCUCUGAUGAAGCUUUGCAUGUUCCACUAACCCAGGCAGGCGGCGGGUGGAGGCGCCAGGCUUCGGCUGCCUCCGUGAGGGCAGAACACUAACCCGACCACGGGUGAGCCUGCAGCGCUCACCCCAAUAAAAGCAAUUCCAACCUU